AUGAUUCCCUCACAUAAUAUUAAAUCAAUAAAAAAUCUCAAUAAAUUAUUUAAUUAUAAUAGUAGUAAUAUAGUUAUACAGUCUUUUUAUAGCAAUAGCAUAUCAAAUAAUAGUAAUAUAGUACACAAUAAAAACGAUAUAUAUACAUUCAAUAACAAUAAAAAUGAAAAUAAAAAUUAUAUUAAUAAUAUUAAUAGUAGUUUUAAAAGUAUAAUAUUUAAUAAUGAAAAUAAAAAGAGUGGUAAAUUAUUUUUUUCAAGUCAUGUAAAAGAGGAUGUCGGGGAUAUGAAGAAAACGACAAUUUUAGACAUUAAAAAGAAGUAUAAAGAUAAUGUUCCAAUUUCAAUGGUUACUGCUUAUGAUGUAAUGUUGGGUGAAAAGGGUACAACAAAUGUCACAAUGGAUCAGAUGAUACAUCACUGCAGGGCAGUCAUGAAGGGUAGUAAAAGAUCAUUUGUCGUCGGGGAUAUGCCAUUUGGUAGCUUUGAGACAUCACCAAGUGACGGAGUCAAAAAUGCAAUUCGAUUAAUAAAAGAGGGUGGAGUUGAUGCAAUUAAAUUAGAGGGUGGAAAAAGACAAAAAGAAACAAUUAGGGCCAUUGUAAAUGCUGGUAUACCCGUAGUUGGCCAUAUUGGUUUAACACCACAAACCGCAUCAAAUUUGGGUGGAUUUAAGUUACAAGGUAAAACAUCAGAGGAGGCUUUAUCAGUACUAGAGGAUGCUAAAGAAUUACAGGAGGCAGGUUGUUUUGCAAUUGUUCUAGAAAUGGUUCCCGAAGCAGUUGCAUCAUCGAUUACACAACUAUUGGAUAUUCCAACGAUUGGAAUAGGUGCUGGUAAUGGAACAAGUGGCCAAGUUUUAGUUUAUCACGAUAUGUUGGGGUUAUAUUCCGAUUUUGUUCCCAAGUUUUGUAAACAAUAUGCUAACCUUUCAGAUACAAUCAACAAUUCAUUAAAGUCAUUUAAAAGUGAAAUUGAAACUAGAGCUUUUCCAUCACCAAGUCAUUCAUUCUCUAUGAAAGAAUCAGAGUUAAAGUUAUAUUGGGAAAAAAUUCAAACAUUAAAUACAAAUAAAAUAAACGACAAUAAACAAAUGAACGAGUUUUAUGAUUCAGUAUUAUCAACAAAUAAAAAUAUUAUCAGUCAAAAUAAUUUAUUAAAAGAAAAAAAGAAUAGUAUUAAUAGCAAUAGCAAUAUAAAUAAUAUAAAUAGUAAUAUAAAAAAUAGUGUUAAUAAUAUUGAUAGUAAAAAUAAUAAUAUUAAUAAUAUAAAUAAUAAUAUAAAUAAUAAUAUAAACAAUAACAAUACAAAUAAUGUUACACCAAAUCAAUUAGUAGUACCAGAUAAAAUGUCUUUUGGAAAUAGUAAUAAAAAGCCAAAAAUUGCCGUAAUUGGUGCAGGUGCAAUGGGAAGUUUUUUUAGCGCAAAAUUAGCAAAAAAAAAUAUAGCAGAUGUUUGGAUGGUAUCUUCUUGGAAAGAACAUGUGGAUGCUAUAAAUAGAGAUGGUUUAAAGUUUUAUAAUUUGGAUGGUAAAGAAGAGAAUGUUAAAGGUAUUAGAGCAACAUUGGAUGGAAUGCAGGUACUAAAGGAUGGUCCACCCGAUUUAGCAUUAGUAUUGGUAAAGAGUAAUUCAACUAAACAAGCAGCAAAUACAGCAGCUACAAUUAUUGGCGGUAAUCCAAAUGGUGCAGUAAUAACCUUACAAAAUGGAAUUGGAAAUAGAGAAGAAAUCGAAUCAGCUUUAAGUGAUAGAGGAUUGAAGAAUCAUGUAUGGCAGGGUGUAACAAGUAAUGCAGCUAUUGUUGUGUCACCAGGUUUAGUUAAACAGACAGGUAUUGGUGGCACAUUCAUCUCAUCAUCUUCAUUUUUACAGUCUCAAUUACCAAAACCAAGUACAAUUGAAGAGAAGAUUGCAUUGGAUACAUUUAAUUCAAUUUUAAAUGAAUCAGGUGUACAUUCAGAUAUCACAUACAAUGUUGAGGGUAUGGUUUGGGGUAAAGUCGUGGCAAAUGCAGCUAUCAAUCCAUUAACAGCAGUAUUGGGUGUACCAAACGGUGUUCUAAUGGAAAAUGAAUAUAGCAAAAAUUUAAUGAAAAAAAUAAUUCACGAAGCUAUCGGUGUUUGUAAUGCAAAGGGAAUUAAAUUGCCAUAUGGAGAGGAUUCCGACGAAGCUUUUAAAUAUGUAUCAGAAAUUGCCUUUAAAACCGCCAAAAACUAUUCAAGUAUGCUUCAAGAUGUCAUCAGAGGCCAACCAACAGAAAUUAAAUCAAUUAAUGGUGUUAUUGUAAAAGAAGGAGAAAAGUUCGAUCUAGAUGUUUCUCAUAAUAAAAUGAUAAUGGAAAUGGUUUUAUCGGUAUCAAACAGUAGAAAACAACAGCUAAAAUUUAUUUAA